AUGCGAAAUCAAGUUAAGCAUUUGAUAGAACUUUCUAUCACCACGAUGCUUUUUGAUGUGAUGUGGAAACAGAGCAAGUCGAUAGAGCUUCAAAACGCUAGUGGAGAAUGGAUGAACAGUGAAGCAACAAGAACACCACCUAGAAGAGGAUCCAUCACUCAAGGGUUCAUUCCAACUUCCGACAUAAUAAGGAAGAGCAUAAGCAGGUCUUGGACGAUAUCAAAUCCCGAAGACGAUCAGCCGAAUGCUAAAAACGGAAUUGACCCAAGACUUCACGUUCAAAGUUUAGGCUCUUCAAUUCAUCAUCAAGAGACUAACAGUUACCCAAAUUUAAUUCGAAUAAAUAAAUCACCUUACAAUAGCAACAUGGAUUUUAUUAAUUCUGAAAGUUACGAAAGGAUAUCAUCGCCAUCUCAAAGAAGAGUUUUAAGACAGUCGACAUUACCUAAUCCCGAUUUGUCAUAUCCAAACAGCAAUUUGAAACUUCCUGUUUCCCCAAAGCAGCAAUUGAGCCCCCAGUACAGCCCAUAUCACACAGAUAAUGAAAACGAACCUGAAAGCGAAUUACCAGCUCCGACGCAACCAAUGCGAUAUAAAAUACGAAGACAAUCAACGCUCCCAUGUAAGCCCAAUGACUCGUCAAAAUAUCUUUCAACAUCACCAAAUCGCACUUAUAGUCGGUCACCAGAUCCAAGUGCGAUUGAAGGCGAACAUAGUUCACGCUUUCCCCCUUUUGUGCGUCAAUCAACAUUCCCAUCGAACAAUGGCGGUGAUCAAUUUCAUUCACGUCAAUUACCAACAUCUCCGAAUCGUUUAAAUUACAGUAAAUCACCAGAUAGUAGCGGUGAGAAUGGUCAUGUGUCACCGCGAAGAUUUAUGCGACAAACAACAUUGCCUAAUCCAGAUCAACACAUUAAACUUUUACCAACAUCACCACCAAAAAAAUCGCCACAAUUUAUGAAACGUUCACCCGAAUUUCAACGGCAAAACACGAUCUCAAAUCCCGAAGGCAUGAAUACACUUUCUGUUCACCAGCACGCUCCUAAAUUUCUUCCAAUUUCCCCGCGACAAAAGCAAAGCUUUCUUUUUCCACUACCCUCUAAUGCACCACGAACCUUUCUUUCACAACAACACUUUCCAACGAUGAAUGAAGAUCAGCCACCACCAACGAACCAUGUGAUUCGUGAACAUUCGAAAAUGAUAAAAGUAAGAAGUCACAGCAAUGAAGAAUAUAGUUUCAAUAAAUCUCAUGUUCCACCGCAGCCAACAGAAGGACGUCGUUUGUUGCCUGAAAUUCCUAAUCGAGCUCGUUCGCCAAGUCGACUUGUACGACAAGAUCAUGUGAAAGAUGAGGGAGGUGAGAAGAGGUCACCGAUAAUGAAAACGUUUGCUGAAGCUAAACAAACAUUGAAUGAAGAUUACGAAGCACAAAAUCAAGUUUAUGAAACGCAAUAUACAAAUGAGUAUAGCGAACUUAACUCAACAUUUGCUGAAGCUGAUGAGAAUAAUUACAAUGAUCAACAAGAGUAUGCUAGUUAUGAAAACGUACAACUAAAUGUGCAAGUUGACAUGACUGGUACAAACAAUAUGAUUCAAUACGUAGCUGAACAAACUGUUCAAUUUCAUGAAGGUGAACCCCGUCGAUAUGAGUUUGAUUCACCACGCAACAAAAUCCCACAUGCACUUCAAAGUGCUGAAAGUUAUAUAAACGAUUCACCAUCUGAAUAUUAUACACCCGAUGAGUACAUUAAACAAGCUCAGAAAAAUCGUAAUCGUCGAAGGAAAUCACGAGAACUUCCAGCAGAUCCGGAAGUUAUAGCUUUAUCAUCAACAGAUGACGAAUCAAGGAAACAUAAGCCGGAAGCAAUGAGAUCUGUUUCUGAAGAUUCUUCGCCGAAAACAAUUAAAAUUCUGCCUCGUCGAUCUUUCUCACAGCCUGAAAAAGAAACACAAAAGAAAAUUGAACCGAUAAAAAUUCCUUCCCCGAAAGAAUUAAUUCAAAAAUCAUUAGAAAAGCCAAAAACUGACAUGGUCGAAAAAGCAGCACCUAAAAAACCCGUCUAUAAAUUCCCCAAAAUGCUUGAAAUGAGAGGCGAUUCGAAAAGCUUUGAUACUGUUGUUCGCCAACUAAUUAAAAAUGAUAACAAGGAUGGAGACGACAAGUCCCAAUCGAUGGAUGAUAAUCUCUUCAGUGAAAAGAAGGAGCACAAAACAACAUUGAAUGAAGCUGAAAUUCAGAACGCUGUUGAGCAAGCGGCUGGUUUAUUUAAAAAGGUCGUUCUGCAGCGACGAAAGGAAAGAAAGCCAGCUGAUGAAGAGAAUUGGAAUUAUCUAGAUACUAAUAGUUGUUAG